UUCUGUUUGUCGACGCACUCAUUCAGUCUCUGACGAACUGUCCACGAGUUCGUUCGUCAAAUAUCACGCAAAAGAAAAUUUUCAAGAGCCAGUUAACUCGUUAAGGACGAAAAACAAUUUUUUACGAUUAUUUCGUUCAAAAAAAUUUCUUUUGAAUGGAUGCUCUCAAGGAAGGUUGGUUCAGCGAGAUAAACGAUCUUUGGCCAGGUAUCGCGGUCUCUUUGGAGGUCAAUAAAGUUCUUUACAAAGAGAAGUCACAGUUCCAAGAUAUUUUGGUGCUCCAAACAAAAGCACAUGGCAGAACACUUGUGCUUGAUGGAAUAAUUCAGUGUACGGAAAACGAUGAAUUCUCGUAUCAGGAGAUGAUAACGUUUCUGCCGCUUUGCAGUCAUCCGAAUCCGAAGAAUGUUUUAAUUGUAGGGGGUGGUGAUGGUGGUGUUGCGCGCGAAGUUGCGAAACAUCCGAGCGUCGAAAAAAUCGUACAGAUUGAAAUAGACGCGAGUGUUUUAGAAGUAUCGCGCAAUUAUUUACCGUUCAUGUCGUCGGGUUUGGAUAAUCCCAAAGUAACUCUCAAAGUUGGCGACGGUUUUGAAUUCAUGAAGCAGCAUAGCAGCGAAUUCGACGUUAUCAUCACUGACAGUAGCGAUCCAGUCGGCCCUGCUGAAUGUUUAUUCCAAAGGGAAUAUUUCGAUUUGAUGCGUACAGCGUUAAAACCGAACGGUCUAAUUUGCAGUCAGGCUGGGACAGCUUGGGGGAAUCUUAAUCACGUUGCACAGACAAUGAAGCAUUGUCGAUCAGCUUUCAACGUUGCAGAAUAUGGCAUAGCUUCAGUGCCGACAUAUCCGACGGGGCAAAUAGGUUUCGUUCUCGGGAGCACGGAUGACUCAACAAAUUUUAAAGAGCCCAUGAGAAUAUUCAGCGAGGAGGAGCUCGAGAAAAUGGGAAUGUGUUAUUACACUGAUCGGGUACACAGGGCGGCAUUUGUAUUGCCAAGGUUCGUUGAAAAAGCUUUGAAGCCAUGAAGUUCAAUAGCUUUAUUCCCGAAUCUGUAUUCGAUGCGGCACCAUUGAAAAAACAAAAACAAUUUUUGUAUAUUGAUAAAUAAAGGUUAUUCUUUAUGAAUCAAAUGAA